GGUUCCACUACUGAAGACGGAGGCAUACCGUCAUCAUCAUCAUGGCGAUUGUUAUGAGGCGGGAACUUUGAGUCCCUUUACUUCCCUGAAAAUAUUCCUGAGGUUUACUGUGAAACGUAGUGUUACUUGACGUAGGACGGAGAAUGAAUAACAGAGGAAGUCAGUCAAGAGGAAGACCAUGGUGGCGUGGGCGUGGUGGGCGUGGUCACUACAGCAGACGUGGUCAGAGAGGUGCAGGUGGAUCAGGUUCGACCAGCACCAAGAGAGGUGGGUACAGUGGUUCAUCAGGAGCCUCCCAGACUAGACCGCGUUUGUCACAGACCAUCCUGGAAAAUAUCAUCCCCUCCUACAAGGGCUGGCACCUGUACUUCCCAAACCAAGUUUACUCAGAGCAUUCCCCUGAUGUUGUGAGGACACAGGCCUUUGAGAAAUACUUCCUGUCUAUCCUGGACUUAUAUGACAAGGAUGAAAUCGAGCAGAAAGGUUCCUUAGCCAUAGACUUCAAAGAGCUUCUUCAAGAUGAAGGAGUCCGUUCAACCGUCCCAGACAUGGCCAGUGUGAUGAAGGAAACUCCAGAGAAGAUCCUGAGCUGCCUGGGACUGGCUGUGCACCAGGUCCUGACCCAUGACCUGGAGAGGCAGGCAGCUGCCCUACAACAGCCUGGGGAAGAAGAUGGAGAAACUCCAGCUGUCAUAGCUGUUAAUGUCCCCCUAAUCCACACCAGGGUAUUCAAUUAUGAACCCAUAACCUCUAUGAGAAGGCUUAAGGCCAAUUUCUAUGGCAAAUAUGUGUGCAUCAGAGGAACAGUGGUGAGGGUCAGCAAUGUGAAGCCCAUGUGUAUCAAGAUGGCGUUUGAGUGUCUUACCUGUAAGGGAGUGCAGAGAGUGCUACUUCUAGAAGGCAAGUACUGCCUACCAACCAAGUGUCCAGCCCCUGACUGCAGAGGAAGGUCUUUUGUUCCCCUUCAGAACCACCAGCUCACAGAAACUGUAGACUGGCAGACUAUCAAAGUACAGGAGCUGAUCACUGAUGAGAACAGGGAGGCAGGCAGGAUCCCCCGGACAGUGGAGUGUGAACUGACCAGGGAUCUUGUGGAUAGCUGUGCUCCUGGAGAUGUGGUUACAGUCACUGGCAUUGUCAAGGUCAUGAGCUCAGAGGAAGGAAGGAGGAAAUCAAACCGUGACCAGUGCAUGUUCCUCAUCUACAUCUCUGCCAACUCUGUGAGUAAGACGAAGGGAAGGAAGUCCACUAAGGAGAGCGGCACGUCAGGAUUGGCUAUGGACUUCACCCUGAAGGAGCUGUAUGGUAUCCAGGAGAUCCAGGAGGACCCACAUGUCUUCAGACUCAUUGUGGGGUCUUUAUGUCCAGCUAUAUAUGGUCAUGAGACAGUGAAAGCAGGUCUGGCCUUGGCCUUGUUUGGUGGCAAUCAGAGGUUUGCUAAUAACAAGAAUCGUAUACCUGUCAGAGGAGAUCCCCAUGUUCUAGUGGUUGGUGAUCCUGGACUGGGCAAAAGCCAGAUGCUCCAAGCAGUGUCCAAUGUUGCUCCCCGCGGUGUCUACGUAUGUGGGAACACAACUACUGCAUCUGGACUCACUGUGACCCUGAGCAGGGACAGUGCAUCAGGAGACUUUGCACUGGAGGCAGGAGCUCUCGUGCUAGCUGACCAGGGCUGUUGCUGCAUUGAUGAAUUUGACAAAAUGACCAACCAGCAUCAGGCUCUCCUAGAGGCAAUGGAGCAGCAAAGCAUCAGCUUGGCCAAGGCAGGCAUAGUCUGCAGCCUCCCUGCACGAACGUCCAUCAUCGCAGCAGCCAAUCCCGUUGGUGGGCACUACAACAAGGCUAAGACUGUGGCAGAGAACCUCAAGAUGGGUAGUGCCCUUCUGUCUCGGUUUGACCUGGUGUUUAUUUUGCUGGACAAUCCUGAUGAGGAUUUGGACAGCAUGCUUUCUGAGCAUGUCAUGGCACUAAGGGCUGGCAGAUGCCGUGACACCACAGCUGUCAGAGUGAGAAGAGAUGCUCAGACUCCUGACGAUGACGAGGCCAGGAGACAGUGGGAAUUGGGAAAGCCGGUGUCUGAACGACUAAAGAUCAGCAGAGGUGAACAGUUCGACCCCAUCCCACACCCCCUGCUAAGAAAGUAUGUGGCCUAUGCAAGGAAGUAUGUCCAUCCAAAACUGUCACCAGAAGCCAAGCAGGUGCUUCAGACCUUCUACCUUGAGCUCCGUAAGGAUCAGCGUGGCCCAGACAGCAUCCCCAUCACCACCAGGCAGCUGGAGUCUCUCAUCAGGCUAACGGAGGCCCGUAGCCGUUUGGAGCUGAGGGAGACAGCUACCAGUCAGGAUGCACAGGAUGUGGUGGAAAUCAUGAAAGACAGCAUGUUUGACACCUACUCAGAUGAGUUUGGGCAACUGGAUUUCCUGAGAUCACAGAAUGGGUCAGGCAUGAGCAGCAGGAGCAAGCCGAAGAGAUUUGUUGCAGCCCUGAACAGAGUGGCAGAACAGACCUACAACAACAUCUUCACUGUGCAACAGAUGAGGGAGAUUGCACAGAAUUGUGACGUGAAGGUUCCAGACUUUGAGGGAUUCAUUGCCUCUCUUAACAACCAGGGUUUUCUACUGAAUAAGGGUUCCAGGGUGUACCAGCUGCAGACAGCUGGGGUCUGAUCCACUCCCACUCACUCAUGUGCAGGGUACAGCCAGUUACCCUGCAGACCUCAGGCUGAUCUAGCAGCAACACGACUUGGACUGUAUCAGUACAUGUAUCAGUUUGAUGACUCAGCCAGAAUCAAAGUUACUAUUACAUUCUGGUCGUGACUGUUUACUGGAAAACAGUUUGAAUCUCCCUGGUUCCAAAGAGGUCAUGUCUACUUUCAUAUCUGACUUGUUUCUAUCUAAUAGAUGUUCUGUGUUAUGUUCCAUGUUCAUCAAGUAAAUAUAUAACUUUUAUAUAUAUAUUCUGUUGUGUAUUUAUUUUA